CCAAUGUGAACACAGGUCGUGGAAAUGUAACGAAUCUUUUUGUUAUUUGCUGCUGUCACGUUUAUAAAACAUGGCCUGCUUCUUUAGACGACAAAUUGCAGCAAAGCUGGCAACGACGCUGCAGCAGUCUGAAGAAGUGUUUUUACCAGCUCUGACUGCAGUUCCAGUUCUCAAGAAACAGCAACAAAAUGCUGACUUCAGGCUGUUACUGGGCCCAUUAAGAACCAACGGGAUUUUACCAUCCAGUGGGGACAUUGAGCUGCAGACAGAACACCUGGCUUCUCAGUUGAAGCCGGACAGCGUGCUGGAGGAUAUUUCCACUAGACGAGGAGUGAUUAACUUCACAGUGAAUCGCAGGCUGCUUGCUGAGAAACUGCUGGAGCCCUUUGGGAGCGGAGCAGACGAGCAGUUUGGGUUUAACAGUGAACUUCUCAGUUCCCUGAAGAGAGGAACAACAUUAGUGGAGUACAGCUCUCCAAAUAUCGCCAAAAAAUUCCACGCUGGACACUUGCGCUCCACAAUCAUCGGUAACUUCAUCGCUAAUCUAAAACAGUCCCUCGGGAAUAAUGUAAUUCGAAUGAACUACCUGGGAGACUGGGGAAUGCAGUUUGGUUUAUUAGGAGCUGGCUUUGAUCGGUUUGGAUGCAUGGAAAAGCUGAAGGAGAAUCCUCUGCAGCACUUGUUUGAGGUUUAUGUUAAAGUGAACAAAGAGGCUGAGCACAACGAGGACAUAAAACAGGCUGCGAGGGAUUUCUUCAGCCAGCUGGAGCGACACGAGAGCCAGGCUCUGUCGUUAUGGCAACAGUUCCGAGAGAUCACGGUGAAGGAGUACCAGCAGGUUUACGAGAGGCUGGGGGUGCGUUUUGAUGUUUACAGCGGGGAGUCGUUCCACCAAGACCAAGUCCCGGAGGUUCUGCAGGAGCUGCGGGACCGAGGCCUGCUGAAAACCUCUGAGAAGGGUACGGGCAUCAUCGAUCUCUCCCCGGGAGGAGACAUGACCAACGUGUGUACGAUUCUCCGCAGCGACGGCACAACGCUCUACAUCACCAGAGACAUUGCUGCAGCGAUUAACCGGAUGGAAAAAUACGGUUUUGAUGAAAUGAUUUAUGUGACAGACAAAAGCCAAGAAAAUCACUUCAACCAGUUGUUCCAGAUCCUCCGCGCCACGGGGCGUUCUUGGGCUCAAAGCUGUCGCCACGUUCCCUUCGGCCUGGUGCAGGGCAUGAAGACCCGGAGCGGCGACGUGGUGUUCCUGGAGGACGUGCUGGACGAAGCUCGGACCAGGAUGCUCCACAACAUGAAGCAGUCUAGCAACACAAAGGAACUGGAAAACCCAGAGGACACAGCUGAGAAAGUGGGAAUAAGUGCGUUAAUAGUUCAGGACUUUAAAGGCCCCCUGCAGUCGGAUUAUAAAUUUGACUGGGACCGGAUGCUGCAGGCUCAGGGCGACACGGGCGUCUUCCUGCAGUACACGCACGCUCGACUCUGCAGCUUACUGCAGGUAAACGAAGGCGUGGAGGUGUCUACAUUCAACGCUGAUCUUUUACGGGAAAACACGAGCGUCCUCAUCCUGCAGCACCUCCUUCGUUACGACGAGCUGUUGUAUCAGUCGGCCAAUGACCUGCAACCCACACAUCUCGUCAACUUUUUACUGAAGCUGUGCCACCUCAUCUCUUCAGCGCACAGAGAGCUGCCGGUGAAAGGAAGCCCGCAGGAUGUUGCACAGGCUAGGUUACGACUGUUCAGCGGAGCGCGCGCAGUUCUGGCCAGGGGGAUGAAGAUCCUGGGCCUCAAACCAGUUCAUAAAAUGUAAACUUGCAGCAGUUUUAAGUAAAUAAACUUUCAAAAUAAUUUAAAA